GUAAACACCCCGCUCGUGAACUCUAUACAAAUAAAAAUUAACGUUUAUCGACAAGAAGACAAAUCUAAGAUGAGUAGAAAAGAUAUCAAAGAUCCCAGCGGCAAGGUGGUCAUGCAGGUUGUGGAAUAUGACGGGUGUCUAUUUCCUGUUAGCUUCAUGGGGAGCAUAGUGGAACAACUGAAACAGUUAAAGGAUAUGCCAUUCAAAAACAGCGAUGUCUGUGUUGUUUCAUAUCCCAAAUCUGGGACGCAUUGGUGCUAUGAAGUGGUGGACAUGUUACGAAAUAACUCUUCAGAGUAUCACGACAUUGUGCCACCUCUCAUAGAACUAUUUCCCGUAGAAAAACUCAAGCAGGUUCCCGAUGGUGUUUAUGUGUCCCAUUUUGUACCUCGACACAUGCCGAAAGACUUCAUGGACAAGAAAUGUAAAAUCGUUAACAUCUACAGAAAUCCAAAAGACGUCUGUGUGUCUAUGUUUAAUUUCGUCAAGAAGACAAAAAUUGGAGAAUUGAUGAAAGACAUGGAAUUUGACGUCUUCUUCGAUAUGUUCAUCACUGGACAACUUACUGGGGGUUCCUGGACAGAAUAUGUCAAGGAAUGGACCAAUUUUGAGGAAAAAAAUCCAUCGUACCCUCUUUUAAAUCUCUGCUACGAAGACAUGAAAAAGGACCUUAAAACACACGUAAAAAAGAUUGCCGACUUUCUGGAACUAGACACAAGUGACGAACUGAUCAGUGAAAUUGCGAAUAAGUGUGAGUUUAAGGCAAUGUCGGCUUAUAAGAACAGCAACGUUCCCGCGUCUUUGAGCAUGUUGACUGAUGUAAAAGACAAACAUGUAAUGUACAGAAAAGGAGAAGCUGGGGAUUGGAAGAAUUGGCUGAAGGUUGCUCAGAGUGAGGCAAUGGAUGCAGCCAUUGAGUCUGCAAAGAUCCCCCUGGAAAUCAAGUACACCUAAAGAACUAUCACAUUUCAACACUAAUCCGCAGGAUAUCGGUAAAUGUACGAACUUCACAUAGAUUCAUCCCAAAUGAAAUGUUAUAAAGUUGACAACGAUUGAAAUAAAAUUGCAGACGUUUUCUCGUAUAAUCAGUGACUCAUAAUAUUGUCCGUCUUCUGAAACAAACGUACUGAUUUUUGGCCAGUUACAACAUCCGACACCGGUAAUAAACUUCAUCUUUACUAGCCAUGGGUUUUGGGUCAACUGUGCCUUUGUGUACGAAUAUUCUUGGCUAGCGAAGAUUGGGGGGGGGGGGGGAUGCCUACAUAGUCCGCUUGCAUAAACAUGUAUUAUGGUGGUAAACAGAAUAAUUAUAUAGUAAAUCAAAUGAAGUUAUAGUAUAGCUUUUGAACUUAUUAUACCCCCCGAACGAAGUUCCGGGGGAUAUAUAGGAAUCACUCUGUCUGUCCGUCUGUCUGUGCAGAUUCGUGUCCGGGCCGUAACGUUUUUGUUCUUUAACUUAGGCAUACCAUAUUUGGCACACAGGUGGCUCACCAUGAGACGAUGUGUCGAGUACCUUCAUGAUCUCUAUAUGACCUUGACUUCAAGGUCAAAAUUAAAGGGUUUUUUACAACGGAUUCGUGUCAGGGCCACAACUUCUUUGUUCUUUGACAUAGGCAUACCAUAUUUGACACAUGAGUGUAUCACCAUGAGACGAUGUGUCGGGUACCUUCAUGACCUCUACAUGACCUUGAACUUUAACCUCAAAGUCAAAAGUGAUUAUAGGGUUUUGACAUAGUCAUACCAUAAGACAUGGGUGUAUUACCAUGAGACUAUGUGUCAUGUACAUUCAUAACCUCUUUAUGACCUUGACCUUUGAUUUCAAUGUCAAAAUUAUAGGUUUAUACCAUCGAUUUGUGUUCGGACUAUAUCUUCCUUUUUCUUCUACAAAGGCAUACCAUAUUUUUACACUCAGGAAAGGUAAUUUAUACCUAUUAACAACACCCUUUGGGAUAUCGAGGUAAGAGGGGGUAUUCUUAAUGAGCAUUGCUCACAGUACCUCUUGUUUUAUGUUUGAUUGAGAGGGAGAUCGAUAGUUAUAUGUACAUGUAGGCAAGACACGUAACAUCGUUUUAGAAGGGGGGGGGGGGCAGUCCUAACCUUGAUCAGCUGAAAAAUUCAACAUGUAAAGAAAGAGAAAUGGGGAAGUAAAAUAUAUCAAAAUGAAAGGGAAUGGGUAAAUAAUCAGAAAGAAAUACAAAUAACAACAAUACCAUGAUAUUGUUAAUACCGAGCGAAGCUCGGACGGGCCGAAGGCCCGUUCGCGAAGCAAGGCUCUAAAGGUAACACGUAUGUAAAAGAAAAAAGUCAAAAUCAGCAAAAGAAAAAGAGACAAUCUCUAUAUACGUUCACUGAAAUUUUCGUGAUCCAUAUUAGCCUAGGUCACGCAAGCCGUUUGACUUCCCACUCAAACGCCUUGGAGCGUUCUAUUUAAAAAUAUUACACCACGAGGGGGCGCUAUCGAAAAACGUAAAUGGCGACACCGAAGAAAACAAAGACCACAGCUGUUGUUCCAAAUGUCAGUUUAUGUGUCGCUUGUUCUAAAGAAAGCAAACGUUGUGUUUUUGCAAGUUCGAAACUUGGUCCUUCAUUAGAGAAACCAGUGAGAUAUGACCAGAAUUGCAGAAUUAUGCUGACUUCACGAGAACUAGUAUUACUAUGCAGAUCUUCUUCAAACAUUAAUUUGCGGUAGAAUCGUAUACAAUAGCGAUUUCCCAUAGCCUGUUGGUAAUACUGACAAUACGUCUGACCUAUUUGCUAAUUUAAGUAAACACUCUUUCUGUAAAGGUUUCAGCGAGAAUUCGAUUUUUAAAUCUGAUAAAACUUUGUUUAUCAUCUGUUCGACUGCGUUCGUCAUCGUUAUGCAUCAACCAAUCAGCUGCUUUAUCAGAAUUCGGAUAAGCCUCGUUAUGGAGUGUAAAUGUUUAUCGUAGAAUGCUCCUAGACGUUUGUCUCGUAGAACACUGCAUUGACAAACGUAUAGGUGACCUAGACUAGAUCCAUAUGGGUGCCGCCAUUUAUUUUUUCAUUACCUGCUUCAACAGUUAUUCGUGUUUUAUUUUGAAUGCCAAUAAUAGAAGACUCUGACGUGCAAUUCGUAAUUUAAACACUCAGUUUGUUCAAAGUGAAUAGUAUAAUUAUCAUUGUAACAGGUUUUAGCAAAUAAUUACAUAUAAAACCGUAAUACGACUAAAUAGAUGAACGAGUUCAUGAGUUUCUUUAAAUAAGAAUAUACGAUAAAAUUACAAUCGGAUCACGCGCUCGUCCUUUUCCGUAACCGGUAAGAAGACUCGGACGUGGAUCGGCGCAAGAAUUGCAUCAAAUCGAUGCAUUUCUUCGCCGGAAGCGCGCCUGUGGAUGAGUAGUUAAAAGGCCAGAACUGAAUCCCUUUAUAAUGUGUUAUUUAUAUUUUCGCCACAGAUUAGUUUUGGUAUCAUUAACGUUUUAUUCACUCUAAUACAUAAACAUGGAAGUGGAAAUUGAUAGUGGUACAAUACCUUAGAUGUGUAUAAUAUCUUAGAUGCAUUUGAAAGUUCACGUUUCAUAGUGUAAUGUAGGACUGUGACGUCAUAGUUACGUUUAUGUAUACGUAGCAACCAACUCUGAUGGCGUCGAUCCACAUACGAUUUGCGGUUACGGAAAUAGCCGAGUAGUUACGAUUGGAUCAAAUUACGGUUACAUUUUUACCAUUUUGAAUUUAUUGGUUAAUUUUGUUUAGUUUUAACGGCGUUUUUCAUUGCAUACGGAAUGUUUUAUUGUUGUUUAUAAUUGUUUGCUUUGAAAAAGAGAAAAAAGGUUGAAGCUAAAUGUGACGUCACAAUACACAGUUUACGUCGCCUUGUGUUUUAUUUCCCGCGUUCAAUGAAUAGGCGGAUCCUGUAAAACUGUUGUCCCAAUUUAUACCCCUUUAAUAUUGAGAUGUUACUGGGUUUUUAGCGCAAGGAAAAUUUCAUUAAAAAUAUAUAUAUUUGAAUGAAUCAUAACCUACCAUACUUAACGGAAUUAUGAUUACCACUUGGGACACUCCAAUGGACAUUACAUGCUUCACUCGGUCCAACGGUUACACCGUAUACAUAUUAAAUCUGUCUACAAGAUCAGGAAUAUAAAUAGAAGUAAGAAAAAUGUGAAUUGUCAAAUUAUUUUUGUC